UCCCCACAAUAAUAGUCAUUUCGUAAUCGUGUGAAAAUAUAAAAAUACAAAAUCUCAAAAAGUUGACUGUACUGUUUUACAAUAAGGUGUACCAUACAAUUAUUUGGAUAUGUACUCCUCUGUUUACACAAGAAGGAGAUGUCACUCUCCUCAUUGGCUCAUUCUCUCUGUAGAGAACUGUUCAUUACUGGUUCAACGAACAUAAAUAUUUCAAUCAUUACAAUUAAAUAACGAAUUUUACUACCCAUUUUACCCUUGCCGGGAUGAUUACUUGGCACGAUCUGUACGUGGUCUUGACGGCGGUGAUUCCUCUGUAUGCGGCGAUGAUCUUAGCUUACGGCUCCGUCCGGUGGUGGAAAAUCUUCACCGCCGACCAGUGCGCCGGCAUAAACCGCUUCGUCGCCGUUUUCGCCGUCCCCCUUCUCUCCUUCCACUUCAUCUCUGAAAACGACCCUUACUCCAUGAACUUCCGUUUCAUCGCCGGCGACACCCUGCAAAAACUCGUCAUCCUGCUCGUUCUCGCCGGCUGGGCUGCUUUGACCGGAAACGGCUCCCUCGACUGGAGCAUAACGAUUUUCUCUCUCUCCUCACUUCCGAACACUCUGGUUAUGGGGAUCCCGCUGUUGACCGCCAUGUACGGCGGCGAGUACUCCUCGGGAAGCCUGAUGGUACAAGUGGUGGUGCUGCAGUGCAUUAUUUGGUACACUCUGUUGCUGUUCCUGUUCGAGUACCGCGCCGCGAAGGUGCUGAUAAUGGAGCAGUUCCCGGAAACCGCCGCGUCUAUCGUUUCGUUCAAGGUGGAAUCCGACGUCGUUUCGCUCGAUGUUGGCCUGGAUUCCCUGGAGACCGACGCGGAGGUCGGAAGUGACGGAAUGCUUCGCGUGAGAGUGAGGAGACGGUCGAUCUCUGUGACUACGACUCCCCGGCCGUCGAAUCUCACCGGCGUUGAGAUUUACAGUUUACAUACAUCCAGGAACCCGACCCCGAGAGGAUCCGAUUUCAACCCGAAUGAUUUGUACUCGAUGAUGGGGUUUCCGGAUCGGUUAUCCAAUUUCGGGCCCGCAGAUAUUUACUCUGUGCAAUCCUCCAGAGGCCCGACUCCCCGGCCGUCGGAUUUCGAGGAAAACUGCGAUCCCGCCGGGACUAAUAAUGUCAUCAACUCAUCCUCCAUGGCCGAGCUUUAUACGGGUCGAUCCGGCGCCUACCCUGCCCCGAACCCGGAAAUUACUUCUUUAGCUCCGAAAAGCUCGAAAAAAGAAGCAGAGCAUCAGCUUUUGUCUCAAUCGAAAUCAUUGCCUGUGCAGAGUAAAAACAGCUAUGACGCAAAGGAACUUCACAUGUUCAUCUGGAGUUCGAGUACGUCGCCGGCGUCGGCAGCCGGCGGCGUACACGUUUUUGGCGGGUCUGAUUUCGGGGCUGAUGAGAGCUCCGGCAGGUCGGAUGGCGUCAAGGAAAUCAGGAUGUUGGUCUCUGAUCGUCUUCCUCGAAACUGGGAAACAAAACCUGCAAUUUGGUGGGCAUCAGUUACGUACACUUCACGAAUAACAUGCUCAAAAAAAUUCAUCAAACAAAUUCAUCGGGAAGGAUCCCAAAUGGCUUUGGCCGGACGGUGGAUCUUGUCAAGCCGACCUGAUACGAUCAUUUCUCUAUCUGCGAAUAUUUUAAUUAUAUUUAAUGAAUUUUUAAUAGAUGCGUAACGUAUUUGACUCUUAUAUGCAUGUAAUGUUCUUUCUUUAUUAAUAGUAGUAAUUAUUAACGUAUUCAUAAAAAGUACUAUCUCCGUUCCUAAAAGUUCUUCCACAGUACAAAUGGCACACAAAUUAAGAAUGUGGAUUUUGUACGUGUGGUGGAGAACUAUGCAGAGGCGAGAGAAAUGUGUAACGACAAAUUCUUUCCCAAAAAGGUAAAGAGAAGUUCAUUUUUGGACAAACGAAAAGGAAAAGUUAUAAGUUCUUUUAGAGACGGAGAGAGUAUAAUAUAGAAAGUAGUGUGACAAAAUUUAUCACAAAGUGAAAUUUUAAAAUGAAUUUUAAUAAUAUUCAAUAAUAGCCCAACUUAAUAUAUAAUAAUAGCUAAAAUUGUGUGAUGAGAUAUAGAUGUGUUAAAUUUGAAGUACGUAUUGCAACAAGGGUGAAUGUAGUGUGUCCAUAUCGUUAUAUGUUUAGUGUAUACUAUAAGAGAUUUUUUACACACUAGUGAUGUUUAGACAAGUGUACAGUGUACUAUAACAAGGUGAUAAUGAAUUUGAUACAACUCGAAAAGUAAUACGUGACAGUUAAAGCGAUAUAUAGGGAGAGUAUACGACACCUUUCGAUUUAUUCUUUCUAAAUCCCUUUUUACAUAUUUUUCUGCAAAAAAUCCUUAAAUAAGAUUAAAAUAUGACGCAUUCACUCUUAAUUGGAAACUUUUAUAUUUUUAUUAAGAUCAAAUAAGUCAUAUUUUAAAAAUAAUAAUAGAUAUUCAUGUUUGUGCAUUUUGUGUAAAUUUUAGUCGUGCUUGGAGUAUUUUCUUUUUUCUUACAUUUUACCUCAUGCGUGUAAUGUAAUAAAACUUUAUACUAUGUAGUUAAGAUUUAUUCAUAAAUAAAACAUUGAUCACACACGGGAUACAAAUAGACAUGAUAAGCGUACUUCGGAAAAGUCCAAAAACAAAAUGUGGGGAGGCAAAUGGAGUGUUGACGAAUCGUGUUGAAGUGCACAAAAAAUUGGGAUGUUAUAUACGGAUCCGGAACCUCUGCCUUGUUUUGCCGCAAGGUAGGGUGCCCGGCUUUCUUAGGCCGUCCGAUCAACAAACCAACGGCCGAAGAUCGGAACUCCGCAUCUCGAGGCGCCUGCUUUCUCUUCCUUCCAUCGGAUGCCGCAAGGCACCUCUGCCACACGGCAGAGGAUCUGAAUCCGUUAUAUACAGAAUGUGUAUGAUUACAAAAAAAUUGGAAUGAUAUAUACAGUAGAUUACAAAAAUAUGGUUUUUUAUAUAGAUGUUGCUAAAAGUGUGUAGGGAACUUUCAUAAAAUAAGUAACUAUUUUAUCUACGGAGUAUUCUAUUUGAGUAUUUGUUGACAUAUUUUUCUAGUUUAUCCGUAAUUUGAAUCUACUAGACAUUCUCAUUUACCAUUGUGCCCUUUGACCCAUCACUUUGAAUUGACUACUAGUAUGUACUUAUAUAGAUUAACAUUAUCGUAAUAAUAGUCGACGUACUUUCCUACUAAAUUAAAGGUCAAUUAAGUUUUUCUAUUUCCAGUUGAUGAAUAGAUUAAAUUCUUAAGAGAGAUUUAUCUAAAUAGGACUAAUACAAGGUAGAAUUGCAAAAAUAGGACUCCUAUGUUUUAUUUAACAAAAAUAGGACUAAAACGAGGUAACCGGACAAUACUACCCUUAAUUAAAAAAGCAAUCACACCAGCGGCAGUCAUCCUCCAGGAACGAGAGCGAUGCGGCAGCCAUACUCCAGGAACGAUAGUUGUUGCCACCAUCCUCCGAUGAAACCAUCGCUAUAGAGGAUCUGGAAGAAGAUGAGAAAAGGAAGAAGAAAAGAGGAAGAGGAAGAGAAGAGGAAGAGGAAGAGGAAGAGGAAGAAAGAAGAGAUCGAUAUGAACCAAUUACAUACUAUUCACUUGGCGGUCGAAAUCAUCGAAGUCAGACGAUUACAACCGAUGCAAUAUCGGCGGCGAAGGGAGGCGACGAAGAGAGGCGGCGAAGGGAUUCUCUGGUGCGCACUGUAGCUUCGAUGAUGGACUUGAGUUGCGAUCAAUGACAGAGGAAUACCAGGCUUCGAUGAGUAAAGGAUUAGGGAUUUAAUUAUAUAAGGGUAUAAUGGUAAUGUUUAGUCCUAUUUAGGCAAUAUAAAACAUGAAGUCCUAAUUUGGAGUUUUAACCAUGUUUUAAUCCUAUUUAGAAUAAUUCUUAAUCACAAACAAAUCAAUCAGAAUCAUCAAACAGACGAGAAAAGUCUGAGUACUGGUAUGUAAUGCUUCGAACCAUUACUAUGUUCUAGAAAAGGUAAAUAUCAAUGUGCUCCA